AGGGACGUGUGGUGUAGGUUUAUACAUGUUAUAUCCACGAGGGUGUGUUGCAGGAAAUAGUUACAUAGUCAGGUCUUGUUGUUUAAAAACUAUUCUUUAUGACUUUUGUAUUUCAGAAUUUACAACUGUCUACAUGCCUCACGUCCUACUGUGUCGAGAACAUUCGCUUCAACUCAAACACUAGCAGACGACAUCCGGUCAUGCGACAAGCAGACGACAGGUGAAACACUUUGCUUGUCUUUUAGUUCAGACUGAACAUUUAUGUAUCAAAUUGGAAGUAAACAACCUUCAAUAUGAACGAGGAAAGCUUGAGAAACAUAGACGUGGAGAAUGUCGAAAGUAUUGACGACAUUUUGGAGAAAGCAGACAAGAUCGGUGCGUCAUUGGAGGGAUGUGAAACCUGUGAGGACUUGAAAGAGAGACUGGUUAUCCACAAGAACAAGAUUACCGGCAAAAACAAACACCUGUUGGACCCUGUCCGCCACGAGAAUCUUCGUACGGAAUGCCGCCAGACUAGAGAAGCCAUAUGCAACAUUCUAGAAAGUGUACAAACCAGCAUGGAGGGCAGUCUCCCGCUCUUGUCCAACAUCCUGAAAUCUCGUGGAAUCUCGGACGAUUUGGCACAGGAACUCCAGGACAAUCUGACUUCCCUCAAGAAUGGCGAAUGCAAUAUAGUGAUAGCAGGACAAACAAGCGCUGGUAAAAGCACCCUCCUAAAUGUGCUACUGGGUAUGGACGUCUUGCCGAAAUCCAUCCUAAGUUGUACAUCAAGCAUUUGUAAACUUCGGUAUGGCUCCACGUUCAAGGUCAAGGUCAAGCAGGAAGACCAGGUCAACGAACGCGUGUUCAACAACCAAGGGGAGACAAUGGCCUACUUAGACAAUCUGGUCGCAGAGAAAAAAAUCGAUGCCCGUGAGCGCGGGGAAACUGUACCGGAAGUGGACAUAGAACUUCCGGCUGCUAUUCUCAAAACUGGCGUUACCAUCAUCGACACUCCUGGAUUCGGGGAGUACGAAGCCAUGGAGAAGCUGGUCCGUGAUUUCGUCACCCAGGGACAAGUUGCUGCCUUUGUCUACGUGGUCAAAACCGACAGCGCUGGUGGAGUGCAGGAGGACAGGCUGGUCCGAUUCCUGAAGACCUUCCUUGAACACAACAAGGGUCAAACCUCGUUACAUUCAUUCAACCCACGAGCUGCCCUGUUUGUCUGCAAUCGCUGGGACCUGAUCGAGGAUAGCUACAAGUCCGAUGUCAGAGAGAACGCCCUUGAGAAGCUAAACGACAUCUGGCCAGAGCUCCAGGACAAUCAGGUCAUCUUCAUGUCCUCAUCCAGGGCCCAGAAAAGUCUUAGCGUGGACAGUGAGUACAUCACAGAUGAUCUGCAUGCUCUUCUGACCUCCCUCCAUGGACUGUUUCAUCUGGCUCAGCAAGAUGAGGUCAAAAGGUCAUAUAGCUGGCUGAAAGACGCAAUGAAGGAGUCCACCAAAUACCUCAAGACAAUCCUCUCCCAGAUCACGAUGACUGAAAGGGAACAUGAUGAGAAAUUCCUGCAAGCAAGACAGCAACUGUCAGCGUUAAAUGCCCAAGCAACUGAAACCAUCACCGAGCUCAGGGAGCAGGUAGAUUCAGCUGCCAAGGAACUUGCUGUGGAAUUUAGAAGAAUCCUUGUUUCAGAUUGUUUUAGGGGGCAACUUAAAAAGUGGAAUGAUCGAGAUCUUCCAGACGUUCCCGACUCGGUCGACGGCUGGGAAAAACAUAAAGAACUGAUAGAUAGUAUGAUUUUGAAUAAGAUUUACAAACUGUUCGAUGAAACUGAAGAGUCCGAGACUUUCAUUCAAGACAUGUGCACCAAGAUGAUGUUUCAAGUCAGAUUUCGUUUAAAUUUACUAGACCAAAACAUGACCGAUAUUUCGAAUGCCCUGAGGGCAUCUUCUUCCAGUAGUUCAACGGACAGUAGUGAUGAAGAAAACGACCUGGUGGAGAAAUUCAAGAGCAUACGAAAGAAAAGCUGUAUUGUUCAGCGACUUAGAGACAUCGCUGAAAAAGGAAGAAACACAGCUGCUGUGAAUCCACGCGCAUUCGCUUGCAGGAUGAUAGCACCUCUUGUGGGUAAAAUGUUCAAAAUGGCACAAGAGCGUGCUAUGGGUUCGUUCAAAGAAAAACCUCGGCAAUACAUGGAGCAAAGGAGUGAAAAGAUAAUCGCGACUGUCAAAGAUGAUAAAGAAUUCCUCAGUAAAUUUGUGUCAAGAUACACGGAGCAGAUUCAUCAGAAGAUCAACACCAUCAGCCUCAACAUCCCUAAUUUCAUCCAAUCUAAUGAAGAAUUAAUGAAGGAGGUCAUCCAGUUCCGUAGAGAAGCCAGACAGGACAAGACCCAUCUGAAGCAGACCAUGGAACAUCUGGAACCUCUGAAGGAACUACUCAGGGGUUUCGGCUACCUCCACGUCAAGGACUUUACAUCAGAUGAGAUCCUGCUGCAAAUGGACAACUUGGGCGCAUCUUCUUCAACGCAGAUGAAGGUGAACGUGUACCUCAGAACGUCCGACUCAGAUCACAUUGCAAGGAAGGCUGCAGCAACAGGUCUGUGGACGGUUGUACAAGCAGCAGAGCUCAACACUGACAAUGACAAGAUUCCGGUUAUGGCUAAACACUACAUCAGUCCUCUAAAAGAUCAGCAUCUUUUCAAAGAAAUCGCAAAAUUGAGGUGCCUGGAUCACCUUUCUGUGGCGUCAUUUCUGGGGAUGACACGCACUGAAAACAUGACAACGUUCAUCUUUGGGGACCAGCUGACGUCGGCACGUCGUUACCUGAGACGGUCGACGACGAGGGUGAAGGAUGCAGUCCCGCAGUUGCUGAAUCAACUUAUCAAAGGAAUUGAAGCCAUUCACAAAGAUGGCCUCGUCCACAUGGAGAUUUCUCUGGAUACCGUACUUAUCAACCAAAUUGGAGAUGUGAAACUGUGCAACAUGUGUCUUCCAAGGACCUGCAAGUUCCCAGUUGACGUUGAAUCGGUAGAAGCUGGAGACUUUACUUGCCUGAGUCCCAAGGUUCUGAGAGGGGGCAUCUACGACUCCGAUGCUGAUGUCUAUGGAUUUGGGAUCGUCCUAUAUGAACUCCUUCUCCAACAGCGGCCUUAUGAAGAACAACGAACGUGGGUAUUGUCUCGUUUCAUCGAGGGAAUUCAUCCUUCCAGUAUGUUGAAGCUGCGAGAUCUGGAAGUGUCAGAGACUCUUUCCCAUCUGCUCCGAGGCUGUAUACUUCCGGGUCAAGGGUUACGCCUGCCUCUUGUGAGAAUUAGGGAGAUGCUCAAAGGUCUCGAAGGCGAUGAGUCAGUUGCAAAUCUCAAAGAUGCAAAAACGAUUGUAAGACGACGUAAAUCGUCUAAGCAGGUUAUAAAAGCCGCUAUGUAUCGGCGUGAAAGUCGUGGUCCUUCUCAAUCUUCAACAGAAUCUGAACCCAAUGACGAUCAAAUUGCCCGUUGUGAGAAUCACAGUGAUGGAAACAGCUGUAAAGAGGAGAAAUUCGUCUAAGCAGGUUAUAAAAGCCGUGGUCUUUCUGAGUCUUCGACAGAAUCAGGACCCAGUGAUAACCGAAUUGGCCGUUGUGAGAAUUACAGUGAUGGAUCUGUUGCUAGCAAAGCGACAAUUGCACAUCUCAUGGAUGUGAAAACAGGUGUCACAGGGGACAACUAUUUGUAGUAAAGUAAUGAAGCCUGCAGUGUGUUAGUGCGAAAGUCUAUGUGAUCCUUUGGAUCUGAACCCAAUUUAACCCAAUACAACAUUUUCUCAAGAAUGGGACGGAGAUACUAGGGACAGCAACCAAGCAGGCAAGCGUGUGCAAGAAGUAAAACCACAAGAUUAUUGCAUUGAAUAAAGUUCAUGGUUGCAUAACUACAUCUGUCAUACAUUAUAACCCAGAAUAAUGUGCUUGCAACACACUGACCUUGACUACAAACCGUGUGUCUCGGAUUACGAUGCAAGUAACACAACUAGUCUGACAAG